AUGGAGGACAAAGCCGACCGCCGCUAUCAGUUACUCCACCAGCGCAAGCAGCAGGGUCUGUGCAGGAGAGCCAACAGCUCCAACAAGGCCACGCGCUGGGAUCAUUAUUCUGUGGCCUAUGACCCAUCUGGCUUUUGUGUGUGUGCACGCACGCGUGUUAUAUUCAAAGUCAAAUGUGCAGCAGAAUUCAACAAGUACAAGGUCCUCAUGUAUCUGGGCUCCAUAUUUACCAGCCUUCUCUUCCUAGUUGUGAAUGUGACCUGUGCAAUGUUGAUCUAUGGAGAUAUUCCAGAGAAUCAUCUGAGAUGGACAGUGUUUGCUCAGGCGUUAGCCAAUGACACUCUCUUCAUUCUCUGUGCCAUUUCAUUAGCUUGUUGUAUGUGCAAACUUGCAAAAAUGUCUUCAGCAAAUGUCUACCUCGAGUCAAAGGGCACAUCUGUCUGCCAGGCUAUCCUCGUGGGCUCUGUAGCUGCCCUUCUGUAUUCUUCAAGGGCUUGCUACAACCUGGUAGCAGUGGUUGUGUCUCCAGACAAUAUUCCCAGUCCAUUUAACUAUGGCUGGGACAACCCCUCGGAUAAGAUCCACGGGGAAGAAAUCAGUGGAGAAGAAUUUGUGGUGUUCGGAGUGGUCCUCUUUCUCUGGGAGCUGGUGCCAACGACCUUUGUGGUGCUGUUCUUCCGAGCUCGGAGACUCUCUCAGAACUUGACACCAGGUGGAAUGAUAAACAGUCACAGCUACAGCUCCCGAGCAUACUUCUUUGACAAUCCGAGGCGGUACGACAGCGACGAUGACUUGUCACGACUUGGCGGAAGAGAUGGGGGAAGCCUGGCUGCCCCUCAGUGCUCCGGCUGGUAUGGCUCUCUGACCGGCAGCGACAGCUACCCUGCUGCUCCUCAUCUAGGUGGACCUACAAUAGAUAACGCCCCCCUACUCUUCAGUUCUGGCGACUUGGAAUCUAGCAAUCGCCAUGGCUUAUACUCAGCACCGCAGAACUGAAGAGGGCUACCGGAGGCAGCUCUCGGCGGUGUAAGAUUUGUAAUAAUUUGUUUUCUAAACGUCUAACUCCAUCUACGCAAACAUUCCAUCACCUAAUGCAGCCACAGACCAGGGCCUGGACUCAUGGGCUGCACGUAGUGAACAAGACUGACUCACGGUACCAUGUAGCAAAGUGAAGGUGAACUCUGGAAGCUUUUCAGUCUGUUUGUUUUUUCUCAAGAUGCUUGUUAGCAGCUAAAAGCACCAGAGCUUCCUUUCUAGAGAAGAAACAUCAACUGCAUAUUUGCACUUUUAUCUGCACAUUCUGAAGGAACAAAUCUCGCUCAGACUCUCCCUGUCUGAAACUUUUUAAUUGCACAUCCGUAGCUGGGAGGUGUCGUCUUCCUGCAGGAACUGGAGCAAGCAUAUGUGUUCUGUGAAGGACUCCGUGGUCUGACCCACUCUCAAAGGACAGUACAUCUCCCUCCCUGACGAGCAACAGGGUGCACGCUACUAUGGGGACAAUGAAGAAUGUCGAGGAAAGCAAAACGUGUCAUAUUUGCGCAAGACGAAGGGAAUGUCUCCUUGCUGAGAAUGUGGGCUGGCUCUGACUCAAGGUUCUGGUUUCAAUGGACUGCUCUAAUGCCCUGCUCUGGGACCGUUGUGAAAGCAAACCUAAAAGCACAGGUACAGAAGGCUCGUGCGUACCAAGUAGCACUGAGGUCACUGAACAGCUCUUCGCACGUUAGUUAAAAGGAGAAACGCUAACUUGGGAGGAGCAGAACUACCACAGUUGGCGUUAGGCUCGCGGUGUGAUCACUGGGUCACGAGGUAUGGGCAUGGCCACAUCAGGAAAACACAGCGAGGAGGGUGGGAAGCGGGUGUCAUCUGUGAGUCCUUGUUUUGGCCAAAACAAAUAUGUAACGAAGGCUGCUUCGAGCACUAGCU